AUGGAGCUCCCUGAAGGAACACUGACCCUAUAUAAAAAACAAAAACCAACCCAAGAAGAACAGUCCCCUGUACAAACUCCAAGCAACCAAAACUUGUGGAGAAAACCAAAGAGGAAGAAGAGCACACCGGCAGGAAAUCCAAAGCAACUUGUGGUUGCUGAUGACAACGAUGAUAAAAAGCCCAAAAAGAAAAGAAUGAAACCUGAGAACAACAAACUGAUAAUUGGUCAAGAUCCAUGGCCAAUCAGUUCUGAAGAUUCUGUCAAGAAAUUUGAGACAAGGAUGACACCGAACCAUCUCUUCCAACUCAUCACUGAAAUCAAUAAACCAACAGAUCUUACAAAAGAGCCAGAUGCGGUAGAUUAUCGCCAACUACAAAGGCAGGCUAUCAGAGAUAUGGGAUUUGGCGCAUUGCUGGAUCUCAAAAUCAAAAAUAUUCCAACAGCCUUGUGUAAUUUUCUGGCAAGCAAUUUCCAGACUGGUGCCAGACAAGUCCCAUUGAAUGGGAACAAUGUACUGGAUACCAAUCAGGAAGAUGUUGUUGCUGUACUUGAUCUUCCUUGUGGACCCAUACCAGUGCAAGAAUUCAAACAGAAUGAUCCCGCUAUAACGGACCAUGCUGAGAUGGUGGAUGCGUUCAAGAAAAGAAUGGGAUACAGUAAUAAAUUCCUGCCAACGAGAUCCACCGCGGCACAAUUAAUUGCUAGUCGAAAAGAUUUUGGUGAUGAUUUCAAACGAGAUUUCCUCGACUUUGUUGUGAGCACGUUCCUACAUGGAAACACCACUUCCAGGAUCACAAUGAACAUUCUGAAGUCCCUUGUGAACAUCAAUGAAGUGACACAAUACAAUUGGUGUCAAUAUGUGAUUGAUGCACUUGUGAAAGGAUGCAAAAGUCACCACGAUGGGAAACCAUUCACCGGACCAAUCACUUUUUUCCUGUUGUGCUACCUUGACAGGUGUGAGUAUGAGAGAGCACAUCCGAGGUCGUUCCCUGUGAUCAAAUCUUGGGACCAAAGGAUGCUGGACGACAGAAUAAGGCUUCAGGGAAGCAAUUUCACAGAUGUCCAGACACUUGAACGUCUCAAGAAACCGUCCUCAGCAACAUCUCGAGAUGAGCAACCAGAGGCUGAAUCACAAAAGGAGGAUACACAGGGAAUCCACAACACACAGCAAGUCUAUGACCUUGCCGCUCUUUACGAAAAAUUCUACCAAUUGAUUAUCACGAUGAGCAAAACUGUUUUAGACAUUCGUGAAAAGGAAAUGGAGUUAAGAAUCGAACCAGAUGAACAAGCAAAGCAAACAAUCAAGAUCCUAUCAGAUGCAAUGGUGUCGAUGAGUAGAAAGAUGCCUCCGCCUUCAGGUACAACGCAACAGGAACAAGAGCAGCAGCAACACCAGCAAGACCUCCAAGAUGCACAGAUUUGUGAAUUGUGCGAGAUGGCAUGGAAGUCCGCUGAAAGCAGAUUUGCAACAAUCAUAGAACAGCUGCAACGACAAGUAGCUGACCAACAAGAACAACAGCAACACCAACAAACUAAUGACAACACUGUAGAAGCUCCAAUUAAUCUCGCAAAAUUUCAAGACAUUGAAACUGACAAAGCACAGGGACUGGAGCAAUUGAGCCAGACAAAUGAUGAGGCUUCUAUUGCUGUGGGGAAAACUGUGCCUACUUCAAAAGAAGUGGUGGUUGAUGAACCACAAACUCAACUACAAGGGGCACAGGGACUGGAUCAAUUGAGCCAGACAAAUGAUGAGAAUUCUCUUCCAGUGGGGAAAUCCGUGCCUACUUCAAAAGAAGUGCGGGUUGAUGAAAAACAAACUCAACCAAGAGAACAUGCAACGAAUGUCUCCACGACAGAAAAGAAGAGAUCCCAUCAAGAUUCCACCGGGCAGGAUUCGGCUGUGACAUCCACCUAUACCAAAAGGUCGAGAAGCACUGGUACCAGGAAAAGGAAAGCAUUGAAAGACGUAAGUAUCCCAAGCUUUAACCUGGGUAUCUUCUCCAGUCAGGAAGACAGUUACGAGACAACCCAGGAGAAGAACACUCAAGAAGAUGUCACAGUAACGGUUGAUCUGGAUAAAGAUGUGAAUGAGACUAUAGAAGCAGAAGAAUAUCCAGUACCAUCUGCUCUGGACGAAACAAAGAAUCCCAUUCCUUCCAUCGAUGAAAUUAUAACAAGGGCCAGUGCACCAGCUUCAGAGACGUCGAGUGAUACAGAAAAACUAGAGAUCAUUGCAGCUGUUGCAGAACAAGUUGAGAAAAACCCAGAGGAUACAAUCAGUCGCUACUAUCAACAGGAUAGUAACAAAGAGGAAAUCGAGUUCACGUUCUAUGAGAGGUUGGCUCUUGAACUAGAAGAACAAGGACUCAGUGUAGGAUCCCUAAUAGUGGCAAAAGCCAUCUACUUCCCAGUGCACUACAGAGAACAUUACUUCUUGUAUGUGUUGCUGGUUCAAGAAAAGAAAGUCCUCGCAUUCAACAAUCUUCAUGCAAAAGAUCUGGACUACUACAAGCCAACAAAAGAUCUACUUUUUCGGUUCUUUAAAAUGUACAUUCAAUGUGUGAUUCCAAACAUAGAACUGGUCAAUGCUCAGUUAACCUUCACAGAGGUUACGCUACCAUCUCACAACGACAAAAAGCCGAAUGCGGAAGAUUGUGGAAUAUUCACAAUGCACCACAUGGAGAAGUAUGAUGGUGGUGACUACGAGGAUGGUACUACUUUGGAUUUCCACACAGGAAACAUCAAAGAGUACCGGUGGAGAUACAUGUUAAAAAUCCUUAUACACCCAUCCAACAAAAAUAAGGACAAAAUCCUCGAAGCAAUGCACCAGUUCUACACAAAUACUGCUGAAGAAGAACCAAAAGAAAUUCCAGAUCAUGUUGAUUUGAGCAGCAAAUCUUACUACAAUGACAAAAAAAUUCAGGGACGGGUUAAAUGA